CUAAUAUUCUAGCUAAAAUGAUCAUUAAUUCAUUUAAAAAAUGUGGUAUUUCUCACAGUAUUGAAACAGAAUCAGAGGAACAAAUAGUAAUUUCGGUAGAUGAUGAAGAAAAUUAUCUGAUCGUUUAUAUUGAAAAUCUGCCUGACUACUA